UGCAUAUGAACCGACUGCCUCAAUACUGCAACUCCCGAAUGAUGUACAUACAGGGUCCGCCUGUCCCAGAGUGAUCAGCUGCACGAGCCAUUUUUGAACCAUUCCUGCCUCUUCCUCAAUGAUCACCUUCAACACCCGUGGCAAGGCUUCUUCUUGCCUGGUCAUCGAUUGAACUGUCCUCUAGAACGCAUUCAACUGCAUUUUAUCAGUGCCACGCGGAGCUGGCAUCACCAUGCAUGCGAGCAAGGUGCCUCACAAGCGGGACAAGAAACCCUCCCGCGCUUGCCCUAACAACUGCGGAUUUACCAUCGCGGACAGGGACCCUCACAGAGAGUGCACCAUAUGCCUGGGAUACGGACACGCUCAGGAGGCCGUUGAGGCUGGAAACUGCAAGGACUGCCAAUGCCUCAGUGCCAGUAAACUUCGGAGCCGACUAGCCUUCAUGGAGCAGCUCGAACACCAGGACGACGACGAGACCGCCAACAAGCUCCUGGAGCCCAUGACAAGAGGGGACGAGGCCGACCUGCCACUUUCCUCGGAGCAGAUGGACGAGUCAGGACCCAGUCCUGUGGUCACCGAUGACCCGGACGCCAUGUCCCAGGCUGCCCCCGAACCUGAGGUUGAGGAGGAGCCACUCUCCGGCACUGAAGCCACACUGCACCAGGCGUGCAAGCGGGCAGCCGAGAAGCUGGGGCUGUCCUGGCCCGCUCUCCCUCCCCCAGCCAAACGCUCACGACUAGAUGGAUGCUUCCUCCCGAAGGCCACACCGACACGACAGCAGAGGCUCCCCGUAUUCCCCGAUGUGAUGGAAGACUUAACCAUGUCCUGGAAAACGCCAUACUAUACAAAGUCCCCUUUUGCUUCCUUUACUAUGCUGGAUAUGGAUGGCAUGGAGGAGCUGGGAUGGGACCACAUGCCCCCUGUGGAACCAUCGCUGGCCAACCACCUAGCACCGCCCAGCGGCAAUAGGACGGCUAACGCAGCCCCGAAGAUGCCAAACAAGGACAACCGCUACAUCUCCUUGUUGUGGGAGAAGACCUACAAGACUGCUGCCUUAACUGGACGUGCCCUCAAUGCCUCCUCUCUCCUCAUGGCUUACCUGGCAGACCUCCAAGAGGAGAUGUCCACAGCACUGCAGGAGGGCAGGCCGACGGAGGAAACGUGGACGGAGAUCCGGACAGUCACUGACCUCGUCCUCAGGAUCUCCAGAUGUUCAGCCCAGUCCAUUGGCAGGAUCAUGGGCCUGGCAGUGGUUGGCAAUAGGAACCUCUGGCUGAACCUGUCCAGUGCGUCCGAUAAGGACAAGAUCGUGGUGCUGAACCACCCUUUGUCCCCGGAUGGUCUAUUUGGCUCGGCCACGACAGCCGUCCUGGAGAAGUUUGAGCCGAGGCAACAGGCAGCCCUGAAGCCCAAUAGGUCUGUUGGCCCACAGCAGCGUAUACACCAGAAGCAGCAGCAGCAGCAGCAGCAGCGUCCACGCCAGCUGCACCAGCAGCGUCCACACCAGCAGCAGUAUCCACACCAACAGCAGCUACAUCCACGCCACCAGAAGCAGCAUCCACGCCAUCAGCAACAUCCACGCCAGCAACAUUGUGAGGGUACACCAACCUACACGCAUCAAGCCCGUGCGGCGACCAGCACCGAUCAGUGGCCGGCGGUGGACCAGCGAUCCGGAUCGUGGGACCGAACACACGAGGAGGACACAGAGUUUCACCGCCCACUAGCCUCAAUAGAGGACAGGAUGAGAUACGCGGUGCUCUCUAAGCUGCAUCAAACCUCCUAUGAUUAUUAAAAUAUUGUUUAAAAUAAUUGUACAGUGUUAUCGAGCCUGAACAUUUUUUUUAAAUGGCUCUUUGAAGUUUCUACUGUAGUAGCAGUUAGGUGGUGCAACCAGUGAAUGUCACAAUUGCAUUUUUUUUAGGUUAAAACAAAUGAAAAACGCUAUUUCAAAAGUAUCGCCAAAUGUCAAAAAUAAGAAGUUCCUUGAGGUUUUGUGUUUAAUAAAGUUCAUUAACUACCACCCAAGUUUUGAGUCACCCUAAUUUUUGUCAGUUGUAGACAUCUAAUGAAAAGCUUGAAAUGGUACAUAAGUACUUUUAAGCAUAAUGUGUUAUCUCUUUGUACAUAAUAUUCAAAACACCUUCCUCGAAUGAAACACAUUUCCUCUGUUUUGUUGAGAAUUUUGUCAUUCAUUCUUUCAGGUUCUCCAAAAACAGUAGGUCAAUUUUUUUUCAUGGGAAUUGGCAAAGGCAGUCGGGUUGCUUUGAAGGUCCCAUAGUUAUAUGUCGAGUGAUUCAUCCAAAAGAGAACUACAGGUAACAGGUUGUAACCAGAGUUGUAUGAAGUGCCACUGGCUGGUUCGCGAUAGGGUGUGGGAAUGGGCACCUGCACGGUUCUCUGUCGGCCUGAAUGCACCUACUGUGUAAGUCCACAGACUUAUACAUAUAUAGUUAAUAAUCAAAUGCACAUCAAUAAAUCUGGCGGAC